AAACCUUUUCUUCUUCCAUCACCAUCCCUCAAUUUGGGGCUUCUCCUUCAAUUUUUGCAUUUUCAACCUGCAAUGUCUACUCCUGCCGAAUUCUAUAACUCUCUUCCACCUAUAACAAAGGCUUAUGGGACUGCGUGCCUGUUGACAACUAUAGUAUGUCAAUUGGGAAUAGUUCACCCUCUAUAUAUUGCACUGAUAUAUGAAGAUGUUUUCUCACAUUUUCAGGUUUGGAGACUGAUUACAAAUUUCUUUUUCCUUGGCAAAUUCUCUAUCAAUUUUGGGAUACGCCUUUUAAUGAUAGCAAGAUAUGGAGUCCAACUUGAGAAGGGACCAUUUGAAAGGCGUACUGCAGAUUUUUUGUGGAUGAUGAUUUUUGGAUCCUUAUCAUUACUGGCUUUAUCAGCUAUCCCCAUAUUUCGGUCCGGUUUCUUAGGCAUAUCGCUCGUAUUCAUGCUUCUCUACAUUUGGAGUAGAGAAUUUCCAGAUGGUCAAAUCAAUAUAUAUGGUCUUGUCAGACUCAAGGCAUUUUAUCUACCAUGGGCAAUGCUUGCUUUGGAUGUUAUUUUUGGUUCUCCUCUCUUACCGGACUUGCUGGGGAUCAUUGCCGGACAUUUAUACUAUUUCCUGACAGUAUUGCAUCCCUUAGCCACUGGAAAGAACUUUUUGAAGACUCCGAGGUUCAUGUAUCCUUUAAUUGGUUCCUUGAGUAUUUCCUUGAUUUGUUAUAUAGACAUAAACUGGUGCAAAGGUGGAGAUUAGAAGCUCCAGCAAGCGGCCGAGCCCAGCCUGAAAGAAAUACCGGUGUGGCAUUUCGAGGGAGAUCAUACAGACUCAGUGAUUGAUUGUUUGCUCCUUGCACAUAGCUGCAACAGACAGGAAUAUUUCGCCUAUAUUUUUUUUUUUUUUUCCUUUUUGGUUGCAAUUUUCUCCCAUAUCAUGCCACUGAGGAGGUAUAUCAAAGAUGUUGUAUGAGAACGCGGUGAGAGUUUUUGUUGAAAGGUCCUUGACAAUUGAAGCAAACAGUUGAACUCUGUUUUAGAAACAGUAGUGGUUUAAAGUAAGGAGAGUUACGUUGAAUCAAAGAAUGAAAAUGGUGAAAACUUUGAAGGAA